AUGUGGUGCCGUCUGCUCACCGGUGUGACAGUGUUGAUCCUCUUUGUGGCACAGUGUGAUGCGAUGGAUCAUCUUCCAGUCGAUCGUGAACAGCUGGAUAAGCUUUUCCCGCUGACGUUGAUACACGUGAACGAUCUACAUGCGAGAUUUGCUGAAACAUCGGAAAGAUCGUCAAAAUGUAAGGCAACCGAGGGUGAUGCAUGUAUCGCAGGUGCCGCACGAGUAUUCCACACCGUCCGAUCGUUGAGGCAACAACAUCCGAACCCGCUCUUUUUCAAUAUCGGUGAUAACUUCCAAGGAACGAUCUGGUACAAUUACCACCGGUGGCGUGUGGUGGCACGUUUGAUGAAAUGGAUGCGUCCUGAUGCGAUGGCACUUGGAAACCACGAGUUUGAUGAUGGACUGGAUGGCUUACGGCCAUAUCUACAGUCGCUAGCCGUUGCGAACAUCACAACGGUGGCCUCGAACCUGAUCAAAGCGAAUGCAGAUUUCCCAUCACUUCCUCGAUCGGUGAUCAUCAACCGAGGCAAUCGAUCGAUCGGCGUCAUUGGAGUGACAUCCGACAAAACACACGAGCUCUCCAACACCGAGGGCAUCACUUUUUCCGAUUCCGUGGCAGCUGUGCGUGAGGAAUCCGCCGCGCUGAAGCACGCUGGCGUUGACAUUAUUUUGGUGUUGUCACACUGUGGCCUCGAAGUUGACAAGCGCAUCGCACGCGAAGCUGGUGAACACGUGGACGCGAUCGUUGGAGGACAUUCGCAUUCGUUCCUGUUUCCAAACGAUUCACAGAUGCCGCACUAUCCUGGGGAUACCAUCGUGGAUGAUUAUCCUGUCGUCGUGGCGAAUGCUAAUGGGCGGAAGAUACUUAUUGUGCAGGCGUACGCGUACGGUAAGUACGUAGGUCGGAUCACGACGUACUUCGAUACGGAAGGUGAGAUAAAGUACUGGACCGGAACCCCAGAGUACAUGUCCCACGAGGUCCCCCAGAGUCGGUUGGCAUUGGAAAUUCUCAAGCCCUACCAACAGCAGGUGGAAGCAUUUGGAUCGACGCAGAUAGCCAAGACGGAGGUUGAUCUCGUGCAGGAUACGUGUCGGUUGCGUGAGUGUAACCUGGGUAGUCUCGUGGCGGAUGCUCUGGUCAACCACUACACGAACAACACAUUCCAUCCUGUGGCCGUCAUUAAUGCGGGAAAUUUUCGCGCUCCCAUUCCCAAAGGAAGCAUCACAAAUGAGGAAGCUAUCGGAGCGAGCCCAUUCUCGAACACGGUCGACCUGCUAACUCUGCGAGGUGACGCACUCUGGAGCAUCAUCGAACAUUCGCUCGUUUGGGACAGCGUGAAGCGGUUGAACGUGGUGCAGGUGUCGGGGUUGAGGAUCGUCGCUGAUCUAAGCCGGCAGCCCUACAAUAGGGUGCUCUCGAUCGAGGUGCGUUCUUUAUUAGACGGCGAAGGCUACGAACCAUUAAAUCGAGCGGCUUCCUACGGGGUAGUGACGAUGUCCUUCAUAGCAACCGGUAAGGAUGGCUUCCGGUGGGCGUUGGAACGGCUUGAUCGUCAGAUUGGACCCAGGGAUGCGGACGUGUUUAUCAACUACCUCAAACGGUUGGGGACAGUAAAUGAAAGUAACCUACCGGGUGGACGAUUGAUCAUAAACGGUACGAUAACAUCGUAA